AUGCCCGGAGUGACAGGCGUGGCAGACAGCGGACGCGGUGCGGACGUUGAUCCGCGCCGCCCCACUUCAUCCCUCGAAAGAAACCAUCUGUCCCCACAAACCUGCCGUUCUUCCUCAACCACUAUCUACACUCGGCCGGCAAGCUUGUCUAGAUACUGGUUCCACUAA